UAACGUCAGAUGAAGAAGAAUCUGUUUACUGUCGCGUUAGCAUAAGUUUAAUCUGUGAAUUUUAAGACAUGAUUUCAUAUUUCAACUUUCACUUCGAGACACACACAUGAACGACAUGAAGGAGAGCGCAGAGCAGGGCACUUUCUCCGACGACGAGUCUCCAGUGGCGAGGAUGAAGAGUGAUGCAAGCAGUGAGCAGCCACAGAUAGGUGACAAGAGAAUCAAAGUGAUGGAGAAGAGAGGACCGUAUAUCAUGUCAAAAGCACCUGCAUUACACAUGAAACUCCAGAAACACAGAGACUCGGCCAGAAGAGCUCUGCAGAACAGAGGCUUUAGCUCGGGUAGGCCUGGGCUUCAUCAACUCCGACACAAACCAAAAAAUGUGAAGUUUAAUAAGGGAUAUGCUGCUGUGAGUCAGACAGCUGAAGAUUCACUCAUCUCUCUGGAUUCAGACAGUGAUACAGAGCUGGAUUGUUCAUCUGGAUAUUCCUCAGCUGAGGUGCAUCCAGACCUGAGUAGACAGCUGUUGAAGGACGGAUAUCACCUGGAUGAAAUACCUGAUGAUGAAGACCUGGACCUGAUCCCCCCUAAAGCCUUGACCUCCUCUAUGUGCUGCUGUUCAGAUGCGUCAUCCUGUUGCGUGCAGUGAUCGAACCCACAACACAUGCACUAAACACUCAGGAUAUUCGGUUUGGCCACCAUGUUAAACUUCAGUGCUGUCACUCCCAGUUGUGAAAUGGAGAAGAAACAUUCAAUUUGAGUUCUUCUGAUGUAUUUAAAACCACAGUGAUUUGGAGAAUUUUUUUUGAAUCAAGGCUACUUUUAAAGGAAUAAUUUACCCCAAAAUGGAUAUUGUCGCCAUUUUCUCACCCUCACGUUGUUCCAAAUCUGUAUGGCUUUCUUUGAAACACAAAAGGAUGUUAUGCAGAAUGUUCGAGUGUCUUUUGCAUACAAUACAAUUUGACAGUGAAUACUGUAAAGCUCCUAAAUAAAAAAACUAAAACAAAUAGGUACCAUAAGUAUGACUGGUGUGUUACAUUCCAACUCUUCUGAAGGCAAAUGUUAGCUUUGUGUGAGGAACAAACCAAAGUUGCAUAAUUCAUUAUUCGUUGAAAUGCUUCCCCUCCAAUGAAGCUCUCAAAUCUCAUUCGCACUUCCACAUAUUCAAAUGAAGUGAUCAGUCAUCUGACAAGUUAGAACCAAUGACAUCCACCAAUGAUGUCAAACGCGGUGUAGAUUUUCAGUGAAUAACGAUUUAAAAUCAGGUCUGUCCGUCAUACAAAGCUAUUGCAUUCGACUUCAGAAGACUUGGAAUAUAGCACACAAGUCAUAUGGACUACUUUUUGAUGCAUUUAUGGUACUUUUUGUCCAUUUUGGAGCUUUGGAACAAAGUUAUUGUUAUUGUAUGCCACUGUUUACCAUACAUUGUCAAAAAUGUUUAAUUUUGUGUUCUACAUAAGAAUAUCAUACAGGUUUGGAACAACACAAGGGUGAGUAAAUGAUGACAGAAUUCUAUAUUGGAUGAAUCACUAUGUUUUUGCUGUCACUAUUUUUGAUUGAGACAGCAGCUGUUAGUGGUUUUGUUUUUUAAAAAAAAAACAUUUGUUGGUUCAGAAAGCUCAACGUCAACUAGUAUGACUUGAAACAAAUGCCCAUAAUUCCAUCUCAUAAUCAGCACAUUGUUUGAGGAAGUGGAGUGUUCCUGAUAUAGAGAAACCGGACAUUACAUACUGUUGAGACAAACAGAAUUUAUAGGUGGGUGUGUAUGUCUUUGCAGAGCUCAUGUUUGCUUUACUACUCUGCUUUGGAGAUUUGGACUGGGUGAUAUCCAGUCUCUGUGUUAAAAGUUUGUUUAUUAACUUUUUUUUUAUCUUUUAUUUGUGAAUUGCUCCUUUUCAAAUAUAUGCUUUAAAAAUUUGUAAUUUGCACACACAAAAAAAGUGUUACUUAAGUAUUGUACUAUUUUUCUGUUACUCCCAAAGAGAAAACACCUGCUUCUGCUUAAUUGUAUAGCGGCUGGUGAAUUUACAUUUGUUGUAUUUGUUUAUGACAUGAAGUAUGUUUAGAUCUAUGCUGUGAGAGAUUGUGCUAUUUUAUAUUCAGUUUAUAAUUUGUAUUAUCAUGUAUUUGUAUUUUCCCCUGAAAAAAAAAUGGAGAAUUGUUUUUUCUUGAGUAUUAGUGGUGUGUGCACGUGCGUGCGUGCGUGUGUGUAUCAGACUGGACAAUCUGCAACACUAUGCAACAAAACAUUCAUUUUCACUUUGCUGCCACAAUGAAUCAGUUACUGACUUCACAUGCAAUAACUUAAAAUACAUUUAUCUUCUUGUAAGAAAACUAUUAUUUGUAUUUAACUGUUUUGUGAAAUUAAAGGAAACAUAC